AUGCUACACAGCACUGUUUUGGGAUAUGCCAUUGUCACCCUUCUCUACUUUCAAGCUCUGGUCACCGCCGCUGAAAACUCACAGACUCUGCUAAACUCUGAUUCAAUCACUCCACAACCAAGACAGCGACCACACCGAAUAGCGAUCAUAGGCGCAGGCCCAGCGGGCUCCUCUGCAUCCUACCACCUCCACAAAUUCUCCCAACAGCUCUUGCCGCCCUGUGAAAGCAAGCCAAUACAGAUCGCGGUCUUCGACUCCAACCCCUACAUCGGCGGACGCACCACCACCGUUGACGCCCUAAGUGAUUCCCGCUACCCGGUUGAACUCGGCGCAAGCAUCUUUGUCAAGAUAAACCACAUUUUAUACAAUGCCACACGAGAUUUUGGGUUGAAUGCUUCUGCAAAGAUCUAUCAAUCUGAACCUGAUUCGAAGUACGAGUUGGGCAUUUGGGAUGGGAAGGACUUCGUCUAUAGGGCUGCGAGGGAUGAUGAUGAGGAUAGAGGAUCUUGGAGAGGGUGGUGGGAUAUUGCCAAACUGCUUUGGAAAUACGGAUUGUCCCCUAUACGCACGCGGCAGGCGACGACGAAGGCCGUCGGGGAAUUCUUAAAGUUUUACGAUGAACCCAUAUUUCCCUUUGACUCGAUAGGAGACGCCGUGGACGCUACCGGACUGCAUGCCUAUACCGGCCUCACGGGGAAGGAUGUUUUGCAAAACGCGAAAGUGAGCGAUCGGUUUUCUCGCGAGAUCAUCCAAGCGAGCACGCGCGUGAAUUAUGCGAGUAAUCUAGGCGGGAUACACGGAUUGGAGACAUUGGUGUGCAUGGCUAUCGAGGGAGCCAUGGCCAUUGAGGACGGCAAUUGGCGCAUCUUUGAUGAGAUGGUGAGGACCACCGCGGAUGGGAUAUUCCUGAACACGACGGUUACGGCUGUCACCAAGGACGAAAAGAAAGGGACAUUCAAACUCACGACUGCGAAGGAAGAAUCCAAUCGACAACUCAAGAACGAGUACGGAGAUGAGUUCGAUACUGUCAUCCUCGCGGCCCCCUACCAGUUUGCCAAUGUCGCCUUCACUCCACCGCUCCUUACCACGCCGGAGAAGAUACCCUACGUUUCACUAUACGUGACACUGUUCACCUCGCCGCACCGUCUUUCCCCGUCGUUCUUUGGACUCGACUCUCAAGCCGAUGUGCCUUCGUCUAUCCUCACAACUCUCUCUUCGGAACUGUCAGACGAGCUCGGGUCUCGACGAGGCCUUGAGGCUGUGGGCCCUCCCGGAUUCUGGUCGAUAAGUACCCUUCGGAUCUUACAUCCAAACACAGACGGCACCUUUUGCGGACCGACUUCAAACUGCACGAAGCUGCCUUCUCAAGCCAGAGCAACCGAAACCCAAGAUACACAAUACCUGUACAAAAUCUUCUCGCCGGCUCCUUUGACGGAGUCGUUCCUUGCGUCAUUGCUCGGCCUCCAAUACCCACCAAAGCCGGAAAACAGAAACGACGAUCCCGUCUCCCUUCUCCCCAAAUCCGAGAUUUCUUGGCUUCAGGAGAAACAUUGGCACAGCUACCCCUACGAACUGCCCCGGACAACCUUCGAAAACUUCACGUUAUGCUCCACGGAGCCAUGCCUCUCACACGGCGUCUCAGAUGGGAUAUACUACCUCUCCGGCAUGGAAUCCUUCAUCUCGACAAUGGAAACCUCCGCUCUUGCAGGAAUGAACGUCGCCCGACUGGUCGUGGAGGGUCUACUGGACACGCAAGAACUGAGAGAAUCUCAAUCGGGGAUGUCGCUAUAG